AUGGCAGCUUCGGCGGCCGGGAUGGUCGUCCAGCUUAGAGACGUCGUAGGCCAUAAACCCCCUCCUCUUGUGGGUGCCUCGACGACAAUGCUGGGCUCUAAAAUAUUCUUGUUCGGCGGCUAUAUCCCUUUCAGCGGCAGAGUCAUGUCAGAUCUGUACAUUCUCGACGUCGAACUGUGUAAAUGGGAGAAGCUGCUUCCACCACUGAAUCCAACAGAACCCAAGGGGCGUUGUUUUCAUACCGCUGAUAUCUGGAACAACCACCUGGUCGUCUUCGGAGGACUGACUGCAUUCAACGCCAGUACUCACUUGCAAUCAGAACGCUUGCAAGAUCUCGGCGACGUCCGUUUGUUUGACCUUGCCAGUCAUUGUUGGCUGCCCGUCACAUCAAACAAGUCAGCUGCGACGAUCCCCCCGCCAGCAAGGCAUAAUCAUAUCUCCUGCAUAACUGGCAACCACCUCGUUAUAUUUGGGGGUGUCGAUGCCUGGGGAGAGCCGCUGUCAGACGCCACUAUGCUUUUCUCGAUGUCGAUUAUGCGUUUUGCGCAACUUCAAGAUGGCGAACAUUCACUCCAACACUGCCUCCAGACUUGGAAAAUUGUUUCCUUACUAAUCCCCUGCCAUAUUCUGAGGCCAUUUCCUCGAAUUCUCCCGUCGAAGUUUCCAUUUUCAAUUCUUCUCGGCCUACCAGUGUCGAUACACUCACGUUCUCCUCCAAUGGCGAAAUCGUACUGCCCCCCGCCCCGAUCGCUGCCUUCCAGCAGGCAGCCAACUGCCGUUUAUCGUCCCUGUGGCACGAUUCUCGGGACCAAGCUUGUUGUUGCUGGCAACUCGGCACCCUGCCCUGGCUUUUCUCCCGUGUUCACUGUCUGGACACAAGACCUGUCCAGCAAUUCAUGGACCCGUAUCGACACUGGUGACAUAAUGAAAGGAGGUUUGUGGGGCAAUGGACUUCUUUGGAAUCCACGCAACAAGUUGAUCGUAUUGGGAAUAAAACAAGCUCCCUCAUCUCACAAUUCCGAUGCGGCACGACGUUCUCUUUUCGCUGCCCAUUGGGAUACAAUGGUUUUUAUUGAUUUAGAAGCUCUCGGCAUUUAUCAGGCCCCUGCACGUCCCCUCGAUCUCGCCCACCAACAACGAGCUCUAGCUAUCUUAGCAGAAGGACAGCAUGUUGACUUCGCUUUUGGCUGCGAGGAUGGACGAGAAAUCGGAUGUGCCAAGAUGCUCGUUGCUGGACGCUGGCCAUGGCUGAACGAGAAACUUGAACUUGUCCGAGUUCAAUCCACCGCAGAGUUGAAGAGUGGCAGUCAUAUCACCGUCGCUGUCAGCUCCUCAAAGUGCACUGUCGGUGCAUCUUUCCCUGUUGUGCAGGCGCUGGUCCAGUACCUCUACAGUUUGUCGCUGUCAACGUCGCUGCAACGGGCUCCAGCGGUCUUGAGUCACUUGCUACUUAUUGCCACCGAAUUCCGCAUGUCGUAUUUGCAGGCAUUGGUGAAGCACGCUAUGCACCUUGCUCUGAGCGAAGCGACUGCUGCGGGUGUUUAUGAGGUUGCGGCUUUGUGUGGAUGCCGGGGUCUGCAAAUACGGGCCUUUUCGAUUCAUUCACGACGUUGGCUCAAGACCGGGCGAGCUCGCUCCCACUCUGAGGGUGCCCAAACCCAGCGUCCGCGCAAACAGAUCGUCAGUUCGCAGUCGGAAUCGUCGAUGGACGAUCUUGCUUCCAGAUUUCUGCACAACGCCGCGAUCCCAGAUGGAGAGCCUAAGCUCACUGGCAGCAACCCUGGGACGAAAGUCCGUCGGUUGCCUUCACCGCGCAUAAAUACGACAACCACAGUCCCUCCUCUACCCACACCAUUAUCGCCCCUGCUGUCGACAAAAUUUGUCACGGAGCCAAUCGCAAAAGGCUUGAAGACGGAACAUAGCCCACUAAGACCCAAUACUCCUCCGAUUGAAAGGGUUGGCCGGCCGGCCAUCAUUCGGCAGACCACGGCUCCGGCUAUGGUCGGAGCCGGUCUACAAUCGCGUUCACAAUCAGCGGGGCCUGGCUCGCGAAUUCCACGGGCUCCUUCCCGUCAAUCGACUAAGAGGGAGACGACUCAAGUUCCCGCUCCUCGCAGCGCUUCAUCGACGCCAACACCAAGGCUACCGAAGGCUCCUAAUGGGAACACGAAACGACUAACAUCAACAUCUCCCCCUUUGAAGAGCACAGAGACACCCAAACUACAGUCUUCACGGUCCGCCCAGAACCUCGGCAAAGGGAAAGAAGUAGCGGGACCAAGACUUCCAACGUAUAGGCGGAGAAACACUGUGUCGCAAUCUAAAAUACACUAA